UCCAACCAUAAACAUCCGUAUUGAUUUAACGAUAAUUUAAACUAAGUAUUUAUGGGCAGUGUUUUGUACUAGUAUUACUAAGAAUGCAUUUAUAAAACUGUACGCUAUUAUUAGUAAUACGAGUAGCAUAACUUAACUUGAUUAUUAUUAACUGAAUAAGUUAUACUCAUGGGACAACGUAAUACUAAACUAAUAUUGAGUAAUAAUACUAAUAGUUAUAAGUCCUAUCACUAUUAAUAUACUUUUUUCGUCUCCAAUUAAGACCAAAGGUUUGAAUAAAUUAAGGGUAGUCGCAAACUGUUUAGCCUCAGAAGUAAAUUGAAAUGAAAAAAGGAAAAGUAUAAUGCAUUAUUGGCUAUAAUAUACGUCUCGGGAGACUUAUUUAUCUACAUCGAGGUGUUAUGCCUAAUCACUUAAUGGUUUCUAUUCAUUGAAUGGUUUGUAUAAUAUUGUUACUGUAACAGUUACAUAAUUAGGUACAAGAAACGGAAUGGAUAAGCCUCAGAUAAUUGUGCAUACACAAAAAAGUCUGAAUUACAGCGUCUUUGAUACUAAAUGGCUUCCUCGAAGUGCGAAGGUCGUGAUUUUAGGUAGCUAUCCACGUGGGACAGGUUCUUUGCAAAUCUACGAGCUUUGCCAGGGAGACGUCAAGUUGAUAACUGAGUCAGAGAAACCUAAAGCUUUGAGAUGUGGUACUUUUGGAGCAUCAAGCAUUCAUCAACGUCACUUAGCAACAGGAGAUUUCAAAGGGAAACUACAAAUAUGGGAUCCAGAGGACUUAAAAGUUCCAAUAUAUUCAGUACAAGCACACGAACAGAUCAUCAAUGCUAUUGAUGGUGUAGGUGGAUUGGGAAUAGGGGUGGGUGCUCCAGAAAUUGUUACUGGUAGCCGUGAUGGUUUGGUAAGAGUGUGGGAUCCAAGACAGAAAGAUGUUCCAGUUGCUACAAUGGAACCAGAAGAAGGAGGUCAAAAAAGAGACUGUUGGUCAGUUGCCUUUGGGAAUGCCUACAAUGUUGAAGAACGGUGUGUAUGUGCGGGUUAUGACAAUGGUGAUGUUAAGUUAUUUGACCUAAGAACCAUGUCACUACAAUGGGAAACCAAUAUAAAAAAUGGAGUAUGUAGUGUAGAAUUUGAUAGGAAGGACAUCCUUAUGAACAAGCUUGUCAUAACUUCACUUGAGUCAAAGUUUCAGGUGUAUGAUAUGAGAACACAACACCCAAAGAAAGGAUUUGCCUUAUUAACUGAGAAGGCUCAUAAAAAAGCAACUAUUUGGCUUGCUCGACAUCUUCCACAAAAUAGAGAUGUUUUUAUGACAACUAGUGGAAGUGGAUCGUUAAAUCUGUGGAGAUAUAACUAUCCAGAGAAAAGAAGUGAAAAGGAUGAGGAUGGUCAUUCUGAGGGAGUUAUGGGAUCAGUAACAAUGCUACAAAAUGUCACAGUUUCUGAACAACCAAUAGCAGGUUUCGACUGGAGUCCAGAUAAAGAAGGGUUAUGUGCAUGUACUUCAUUAGACCAAACCUUGCGAAUUCUUAUUGUUACUAAACUUAACAGGUUAUGAAAAAGUUUGUUUUAUAUUAUCUAUUUUGACAAUAAAUGUUUGUAUGAUAUCCUGAACAUGCUUGUUUUUUCAUCACCAUUAUCUUUGAAUGAAUAAACACAAUGUUGACAGUUUAACUUUACA